AUGGCAGUAGUAACAGAGUCUGAGCCAAAUGAGCCAAUAGAUAUGGAGCCUGAGUUUGGUAGCAACAACAAUGAGGGUUGUUCAAGUAGACAUGUGGCUAAUGGUACCCCUCGUGACAUAGCAAAAGGUUUAGAAGACAAGCCAGUACAGCCACAUAAUAUAACUUUUCCCAAGAAUAAGGAAAAUGGUCGUUCAUUUAGUUCAAUGCGGUAUCAAAAGCAUGCAUGGUUAGAAUACUCAGUAUCUAAAGAUGCUGCCUAUUGCUACCCAUGCCGUUUCUUUUCUGCUGGUAUUCACAAGUCUGAUGAGUGCUUCAUUAGUAUUGGAUAUAGAAAUUGGAAGAAUGCCACAGGACGAACUGGUCGAUUGGUAAAGCACUCACUGUCACAAAGGCAUCUUAAUGCUGCUGCUGCUUGGGCUGAUUUUGAGAAUAAUCAGCAGUCUCAACACUCCAUCAGAUCAACACUAAGUCAGGCAUGGAAGGAUCAAAUCCAGAAUAACAGGCAUUAUUUGAUGACUAUAGUUCAAAUUUUACUAUAUUGUGCCUUUCAAGAAAUAGCACUGAGAGGACACAGGGAAGGAGAAGAUUCACAAAAUAGAGGUAACUUCUUGAAAUUGAUUGAUUUAGUCAGUAGACAUGAUUCAGUAGUAAAAAAUAAAAUUCAUGAUGGACCAAAAAAUGCAAUUUAUACAUCACAUGGUAUCCAGGAUGAGUUACUUGCACUACUGGCUAAAAAAGUGCUACACAAAAUCUGCCAAGCUGUAAAGGAAGCCGGUUUCUACAGUAUAAUAGUAGAUGAAUCCCGAGAUUCAUCCAAGCAGGAACAGAUGUCUCUAGCAGUUCGUUACGUUGAUAUUGAAGAAGGAUGUGUCCAUGAACAUUUCAUAGCAUUCAUGCAAGCAGAGCAUCAAGAUGCUGAAAGCUUAUCUUCUUACAUAAAACAGGCUCUCAUUACUUAUGAUUUUGAUAUAAAUAAGAUGGUUAGCCAAGGAUAUGAUGGGGCUAGCAUAAUGAGUGGCCACUGUUCAGGAGUACAGACAAGAGUCCGUGAGUUUGCUCCUUUAGCAGUUUACAUUCACUGCUACGCCCAUGUGUUAAACCUUGUACUGGUUGAUUCUGUAAGGUCUGUAGCAACAGCUUCUGAGUUCUUUGUUUUGUUAGAAGCACUCUACGUCUUAGUGUCUUCUUCUAAAAUCCAUGCCCUAUUUGUCAAAUUACAACGUCAGUGUAACCCAAAUCAGCAACCAUUGGAGUUCAAAAACUCUCAGAGACUCGUUGGGUUUGCAGAUACGCUGCUGUUAACGCAGUCAGUCGUACAUACAAUGCACUUCUUCUUACUGUAG